GUCUUGACUGCCAUUGCAGGUCUCGCCCUAUUGUCUCGCUUUGGUAUCAAAUCAUGGAUCCGGUGGGCAUUACCCCGUGUCAGCUCCCCAGGUCGCGUAUGGGGAUUGGAAGACUUUUUCUAUGCUGUAGCUUAUGGUUUCGACCUGGCGCAUAUUCUGUUUGUUCAACGGAGCUAUCAGUCCGGAUUGGGGCGACAUUUAUGGUUCCUGUCUCCUGAUGAGCUCAGGGAUACACUGAGAAACGAAUUCAUAUCUCAGCCACUGGCGGUUUUUCCUUCGAUGCUGUCUCGUACGGGAAUGAUGUGUUUCCUCUACAGUUGCUUCAACGGGGCUGACAAGCAGAUUCGGGUUUCGAUCCUUGUCUGCAUGGGAGUCCAGAUUAUCAUCAACAUGGUCACGGUUGUCCAAAUCAUCGUUCAGUGCGGACCUGAUCCUUACCAUUCGGCAAACCGAAUACUCUACUUUCACUACCUGUGGGAUGAUCUUCCUUCCGACGGUUCAGUCAUCUGCCACUCACCGAGCGUACAAACAAUCAUUGGGUUUGUUCAAGGAGGGUUCAAUUCUAGCAUGGACCUGUUCUUGACAGCACUAUCGGCGAUACAGCUAUGGCGCUUUCCGAUGCGAGCGACGGAUCGGGGACCGUCGCACAGCGAAUCACUUUGCUCGAGACUGAAAAGGAUUCCCCGAGCGUCGCGACAUCGACGUUUGUGGCAGACCUGCGUUCUGAGCGGUCCGUUGCUCUUGUCUGGCAUCGCUUCGAUAAUCAAAACAUGGGUAAGUGGGUCGAUGACAACGAAGAUUGGCGUCGCUGAACGGUUCCUCACUGAUGUGUCUAUGUGCAGAAUUGAGAACUACAGCAUUCUUCUUGCGACUUGCGCCCCUAUCAUCCGGUUACUGGUGUCUAAUAUCGCUCGUCACGGAUCACCGAGCAAUGGACCGGGCUAG